AUGAAGAGAAUGCUUGAAAGUGUCAUUGACCGCGUCAAGCUCUCACCUGAACCAUGCACUGUGAUUCUUGUCGGCGGUGGUGUGAUUCUUUGCCCACCAGAAUUGAAGGGCGUUGACAAAAUUCUCAUUCCGGAACACGCGGGAGUUGCUAAUGCCAUUGGUGCAGCAAUGGCUAAAAUAUACGGAUCUGCCGAGUUGAUGGCAGAUGUAGCAGAUGCGAAGGAUUCCCUAACCAAAGCUAUGGCUCGGGCAGUAGAAGUCGUUGUUAGGAAAGGCGGUGAUCCUAGCUCCGUUACAGUGCUUAAUGAGGAAGUGAACUGGGUGCCAUACGCUGACGGUCAACGAUCGAUUAAGGUCGAGAUUGCUUGCCCGGCAAAUCACGGUAAAGUGUAUCAGGAGAUGCUCAGCAGCGUGAACCAGAAGACUGAAGAGGCAGAGGCUGACGAGGAGACCUAUGAUGAAACCAAAAGGCACGAAGCACCAACAGAGAAUGAAGAACUGGUAGCAAUGGGAGCUGCAACUGUUGAUAUUGAGACGUAUCGCCCAGAAGUCAACAGCCAAGGCGAGUGGAUCAUUUCCGAGACUGAUAUCAAGUUUAUCGAGAUCGGGUGCUACCUGCUUGGCUGCGGCGGCGGUGGCUCGCCUUAUGGCAGCUUUUUGGUCCUCAGACACAUGCUUCGGGAGGGCGAGUUAAUCAGAGUUGUCCGUUGCGAGGACCUCAGCGAAGAUGACGUAUGUCCUUCAGUAUGUGCAGUUGGUACACCUGCCGUUGGACUCGAGAGACCUGGAGGCGCUCUUGUGCUUCACGCCAUGCAAGCAAUGGAGAAGGAAGUCAAUGCGAAGUUCACAAAGAUUGUGGCUACAGAGAUCGGCGGUGCUAAUGGAUUGGGUACUCUGAUUUGGGGCGCCAAAAGACAUUACAACAUUCCUAUUGUUGACGGCGAUCUGAUGGGUCGUGCUUACCCGAACUUUGAGAUGGUUUCAAAAUAUGUCCAUGCAAAGUCUGUCAACGAGUUACUACCUGUCACUCUAUGUGACGGCAUGGGCAAGACAGCCGUCAUCCCCGCAAACCAAGUAGAUCAACUCUCGGCUGGGAAAGAGAUUCGAAAAGUAUGUGCCGAGAUGGGCUUCGCAUGCGGUGCUGCUGGCAGUCCUCUAUCCGGCACGAAUAUGCAGGACGUGGGCAUUCCUAAUAGCUUCUCACUUGCGUGGCGCCUUGGUAGAGUCGUUGCAAAAGCUCAACGAGCUGCGUCCAUCGCAACAGUUACGGAUGCCUUGAUCGAAGAGUCUGGUGGCAGCAAGAGUGCUCGGCGCAUCUUCCAGGGCAAGAUUCGGGGUGUAGCCAGCAAGAUCACGGCAACGGCACAUAGCUUGGGUGAGGUCACCAUCGAGCGACUUAGUGAUGACGAAAUGGAGACCGAUGCAGACAAAGUGGAGGCCUGGAGCGAGGUUGUGGUUCCAUUCAUGAAUGAGAAUCUAGCUGUCAUUGCAAAGAACAGCAAAGGCGAAGAAACGAUUCUGGCGACGGUACCCGAUCUGAUCUUUCUCCUUGAUACCUCAACUGGUGAGGCUAUAGGGACGCAAGAGUACCGAUAUGGUCUCAAAGUGACUGUAAUGAUUAUGGCGCCGCAUCCGGUAUGGACCUCCAAGCGCGGUCUUGAGAUUACUGGUCCAAAGGCCUUCGGACUGCCUUAUGAAUACAACUCAUCUCUAGAAUAUACUAAACCAGAAAGCGUUAUAGAUGAGUUCAAGCCAACGGAAGGAUGCCACUAG